AUGAGCUCUACAACUGAACCAACAUCCACCCCGGCCUCGACCGGCCUGCCGCCUCUACGACGAGUCAUCACCGAGCACGACGCAGAUGGCAAUCCCAUCAUCAACAAGACCCUCUCCCAGCAUCCCCCAAGCAUCAGCCCCGGCGGGAUGAACUUCACUCUCGGCUACUCCCUCAACGAGUCUCCCGCCAUCCUCGAACACGACCAAGACCUGCGAGCAUAUCAGGACCGCCUCCCGCACAACGUGGGCCUCAGCAUCCGCGGCGGCACCGUGCUGCGGAUCGUCGACUUCCUCCCCGGCACGGAGGCCCCGAUGCACAGGACGGCAACGGUGGACUUUGGCGUCAUGAUGGAGGGCGAGGUGCAGCUGAUUAUGGGCAGCGGCGAGACGACGGUGCUGAGGCGGGGAGACAUUGUUGGGCAGCGAGGGACGCUCCAUGCUUGGAAGAACAACGGCAACAGAGAGCCCGCGAGGGGGUUCUUUGUCCUGGUAGAUGCGGAUUUGCCGACGGUUAACGGAACGAAGCUGGAGGAGAAUAUCCCCAAUCAGCAGUACAUGUAG